UACCGCUCGGCUCACCGGGAUAUUUGGUGAAGUUAUUGAGAGCGGGGGCGAGUCUACGAGGUCUAGUCGUUUCCGAAGCUCGGAACUCGGGUAACAGAGAGGAGCUCCUUCCAAGUAAUUUCUGCUCAGCUAUGUCGCCUGAUCCAGCUGCAUCCCCGGCUCCUGCAUCGGUCUCCCUAUUUGACCUCAACGCUGAUGCUCCCGUCCUUCAGGGCCUGAGCCUGGUGAGCCACUCUCCUGGGGAGGCUCUUCGCACUUCCUGUUCAGGUUCAGGGAAGAAUGGGAGCCCAGAAAGAAAACUCAUCCAGGGUCCUCCUGAUAUUUCAGAGAAGUUAUUUUGUUCAACCUGUGAGCAGACCUUCCAGAACCACCAGGAACAGAGGGAACAUUACAAGCUUGACUGGCAUCGGUUUAACCUAAAGCAGCGUCUCAAGAACAGGCCUCCCUUAUCUGCCCUGGACUUUGAAAAGCAGAGCUCUGGAGGAGAUCUUUCCAGCAUCUCAGGAUCAGAAGACUCAGACUCAACCAGUGAGGAGGACUUGCAGCUAUUGGACGAGGAGAGGGCUGAAUUUGAGAAGCCUGCCCGACCCCCAGGCUUCCACCCCCAUCGGGUUCUUUUCCAAAAUGCCCAGGGCCAGUUCCUGUCUGCCUACCGCUGUGUCCUAGGCCCUCACCAGGUAGAAUGUUUGUGCUGCUCCUGUGUCAUCCAGGUGCCCCCAGAAGAGGAAGAACUGCUGCUACAGAACCUGCAAAGUGGAGGCCCCACCUACUGCGUGGUGCUCAUGGCUGCAGCUGGGCACUUUGCUGGUGCCAUUUUCCAAGGAAGAGAAGUGGUGACACACAAAACCUUUCACCGCUACACUGUGCGGGCCAAGAGAGGUACAGCCCAGGGGCUUCAGGAUGCCCGGGGUGGGGCUUCCCGCUCUGCUGGAGCAAACUUGAGGCGCUACAGUGAAGCCACAUUACAUAAGGAGGUUCGUGACCUGCUGGCAGGACCAGGCUGGGCUAACGCACUGGAAGAGGCUGGGACAAUACUGCUGCGUGCCCCCCGCUCUGGCCGAUCCUUGUUCUUUGGAGGCCGUGGGGCACCCCUGCAACGGGGGGAUCCCCGACUUUGGGAUAUCCCCCUUGCCACCCGCAGACCUACCUUUCGAGAGCUACAUCAUGUGCUCCAUAACCUUACCACCUUGUACAUCCAUGAAGAAGACCCCCGGGAGAUAGUCAGAUUGGACCCACCUCAGAUGCGCUGGAAGACAGUGAGAGAGAGGAAGAAAGUUUCUGAGGAAGAAAGAAGAAAGGUCCGCAGUGAUGAAAAUGAAGCACUCGGGCAGAAUGCAGAAUCGUCCAAACAGGGUGCAGGUUCAGAGGGAGAGGACUGCUUCCAGGUGGAGCUGGAACUAGUGGAGUUGACACUGGAGACCCUGGGUCUUCGUGAGUUUGAAGUAUUGCCCAAGCAGAGCAGGAAGAAAAGGAAUAAGAAGGACAGAAACCGGGACCUGGAAACUGGGGCACAUAUGACUCUUCCCAAGCAACCUCAUGGAGAUGAGCCACUCAUGCAGUUGGCCCAGGCCGAUACAGCCUCCUUGGGACCAUCGCUGGAUGAGGCCAAGACCUCUGGUCAGCCAGAGCUAUGGGAUGUGCUUUUAGCUGCUUGCCGAGCUGGAGAUGUUGGGAUGCUGAAGCUCCAGCUAGCUGCCAGCCCCCCAGACCCAGGAGUCAUGUCUCUGCUCAGUGCCCCCUUGGGCUCCGGUGGCUUCACCCUCCUGCAUGCAGCAGCUGCAGCUGGGAGAAGCUCAGUGGUUUGCCUGCUGCUGGAGGCAGGUGCCGACCCCACUGUGCAGGACUCCCGGGCCCGGCCACCGUAUACGGUUGCAGCUGACAAAUCAACACGUAAUGAGUUCCGAAGGUUCAUGGAGAAGAAUCCAGAUGCCUAUGAUUACAACAAGGCUCAGGUGCCAGGGCCACUGACACCAGCGAUGGAGGCACGGCAGGCCACACGGAAAAGGGAGCAGAAGGCAGCUCGGCGGCAGCGAGAGGAACAGCAACAGAGGCAGCGGGAGCAGGAGAAGCAGGAGCAAGAGGAACAGCAGAGAUUUGCUGCCCUCAGCGACCGAGAGAAGAGAGCUCUGGCUGCAGAGCGUCGACUGGCUGCCCAGUUGGGAGCCCCUACCCCUCAGAUCCCUGACUAUACAAUCAUCAAUGCACGACGCUGCUGGAGUUGUGGGGCAUCCCUCCAAGGCCUCAUUCCCUUUCACUACCAUGACUUCUCUUUCUGCUCCACACGCUGCCUCCAGGAUCAUCGCCGUCAGGCUGGGAGGCCAUCUUCCUGAUUUCUUACAGCUCCACCUGGGGCCAACUCUAGGCCCUGACAGGGUGCAUUCACACCAGCUCUAGGUUUCUUCUUCCCCAUGAAACCAGAGUAUUUGGAAGAUUAGGGUGAGGAACACUCAGGGACCAGGACAAAGACAGGGCCAGAGAGGUGUGUGUAGCUGGUACUGUCUUUGGAACUUUAAUCACAAUAAAUUUUGGCAAGGAAA